AAUUAGUUCCCAAUGUAAUUUGGGUGAUUUUUUCGACAUCAUUAUUGUGAUAUAAUUUAUUCAAUUCAAUCUUUAUCUUUCAUCGAACAAAUUUAUAAUUCUGAAAAAUGGUCUGUGAAAACGAUGAACCAGUAGGUAAUCGAUCGAUCGAUGGCGUACCCGAUCUGACAUUGAUAUCAAAUAUCGAUGAAGUUGGUAUCAAUGAAAAUCUUCAUGUUCGCUACAAUCGUCAACAGAUUUAUACUUAUGCUGGAUCAAUAUUGAUUGCUGUAAAUCCUUAUGAAGAACUGGAUAUAUAUGAAUCCGAAUGGCAACAGUUAUAUUGUGGGAAACGUUUGGGUGAUCUUGAACCACAUGUUUUUGCCAUUGCUGAAUCAUCGUACAAGCAUUUGUGUUCGGAUGAUUCCGAUCAAUCAAUUGUGAUUAGUGGAGAAUCUGGAGCUGGCAAAACAGAAUCAACAAAAUUUAUACUACAAUAUCUUUGUUCGGUCACAUCUAGUCAAUCAUCGUGGGUUGAACAUCAAAUUCUUGAAGCAAAUACAAUACUCGAAGCAUUCGGUAAUGCGAAAACAGCCCGAAAUGAUAAUAGUUCUCGAUUCGGGAAAUUUAUUCAAGUUUGUUUCGAUGAACGAGGCCAAAUUGGUGGUUGUGUUGUACGUGAUUAUCUUCUCGAACGAUCUCGAAUAGCAUUGCAAUCAGCCGCCGAACGUAAUUACCAUGUGUUCUAUCAGCUCGUAUCGGCAGCACGGCGUGAUCAAGAGCUAGCCAAACAAUUACAAUUAGAUGAUCCUGCCUUAGAAUUUGUAUAUCUAAAUCAAUCAGGCUGUACCAGCAUCGAAGGUGUGGAUGAUGCUGCCAAUUUCGAUUCUUUACGAUUGGCCAUGUCCGUACUAAGGGUACCCGAAACCAUGUCCGAUGGUUUAUUUGCUGCUCUAUCAGCUAUAUUGUGGUUAGGAAAUUUGGAAUUCGAAGAACAAGCUGAAACGGAACGAUGUAGGCUGACCGAAAAUGAUGAACUAAUCAUAUCGACAGUAGCCACGUUACUCGGUGUCGAUGCAUAUCGAUUAACGUUGAUCACUCUACGGCGACAAAUAAGUGUUCGAGGUACAGUCACGGAUAUACCGUUAAGUUUACGUGAGGCAAGAGAAAAUCGACAUGCCAUGGCAAUGGCCAUUUAUUCACGUACUUUUGCAUGGCUUGUUCGACAUAUUAAUGCCUGUACAUUACCGGAUCAAUGUGCAAAACGAUUUAUUGGAGUUCUCGACAUUUUUGGUUUUGAAAACUUUCAGUUUAAUAGUUUUGAACAAUUAUGUAUCAAUUACGCAAAUGAAAAAUUGCAACGAUUUUUCAAUCACUAUGUGUUUGCCUUGGAACAACAAAUCUAUCACGAUGAAGGUAUCAGUUUUGAACAUAUCAAUUUUACUGAUAAUACGCCAUGUGUGGAAUUGUUAGAAAAGCCACCAAAAUGUGUACUAAGAUUAUUGUCUGAAGAAUGUAGAAUUCCACGCGGAACUGAUUCAUCAUUUGUACAAAAACUGCAUUCAGAAUUUCAUCAAAAUCAUCCAUACUAUGUCCGCGGUGAUGAUCGUCGUCAUUGGAAUGCUCAAUUUGGCAUUAAACAUUAUGCCGGUGAUGUUAUGUAUCAAGUAGCUGAUUUUCUAGCCAAAAACAAAGAUGCUCAACAAGAUCAAUUUUUUGAAAUUAUGCUCGAUUCAAACAAUGAUUUUAUUAAAUCGAUCGCUACAUUACAAGAUACGACCGAAUCAAUUUAUGGUACAAUAGGUCGUGCUCAAGAUGGCAAAGGAUCAAAAGGAAGGCCUUUAGUAGCAGAUGCCUUUCGGCAACAAUUAUCCGCAUUAGUUGAUCUUUUAUCUGCUACCUGUCCAUGGUAUGUCCGCUGUAUCAAACCAAAUUUGACAAAAUCUUCACGUGCAUAUGAUGUUGCACAAGUCCACACUCAACUUCGAUAUCUGGGAAUGUUGGACAUUAUUCGCAUCAGGCGUGAAGGAUUUCCAGCACAUUACAAAUUUGAUAUAUUUAUUGCAAGAUUUCGAUGUCUACUACUAGUCAAAUCAUUCAAUCAUCAUCAUCAUAAUCAUCAUUUUCUUCAUCUGAAACCAAAUUCAGCAUCCGUGCGUGAACUAUUGAAUCGAAUCCGUAUCGAACCAAUACAAUGGCAAAUCGGUCAUUCGAAAGUUUUUCUCAAAGCUGGAGCAGCUGAAGAAUUAGAAGAACGGCGAACAGUGUUACGUGAGCGAAUGAUUAUUCGAAUACAAUCUUCCUGGCGAAGAUUGAUAUACAUGCGGCUUUAUCGUCGCCAACGUUCAAGUGCAAUUAUAAUUCAACAAGCAUUUCGAGCGAUGCGUACACGUUUAUUAUAUCAACGACAACGCCGUGCAGCAAUCACCAUUCAGGCAUUUGUACGUGGAAUGUUUGCCCGUGAGGUAGCUCGGGCACUACGCCAUAUGCGAGCGAUUGAAGCUGCGGAAAAACUUCAACGAGACCGUUUAGAAAAACAACAGGCUUCUGACGAAAACAAUGGAACUGAUCAACAACAACAGGAGCAAGAUCGAAUGGCAGCGGAACAGAUCAACGGACAUUUCUUGGGAAAACGUGGAUCGUCAACACCAGAUGAACUGGAUGAAUUAGAGCGUCAACUACGGGCCGACGUUGAACGAUUAUAUUGUCGUGAUAAUGAUAAUUAUGAAGAAAUAUUAGUCGAAGAAACGGAACAAGUGAAUAAUACGUGUGAUACCAACAAUAAUCAAGUGAACACUCAUACUGAUGAUGAAUUACAUUUGAAAUCAUUAAAAGAAUCGUCAGUGGAUGAUGAUUCGGCUUUAGAAUCCAUGUCAUCAUUGCCACCACUACCUCCGCCACCGUCAAUGCCAUUAAUUGGUCAGCAACCGAAUCGAUCGAUUAGUGAUCAGUUUGAUCAAUUGAUACAAAAAACUGAAUUGGCAGUAGAUUCAUUGGAUAGAAUACAAAAAAUGAAUCCUCCUAAACCGAAACCAAAACCAAAUAUAUCAGCAUAUCAUCAACAACAGCAACAGACAUCGUUGGCGGAAAAAUUGAAAGCCAUAUUAAUUGUCGAUGAAACACAACAACAACAACAACAAUUUAUUGAUCAACAAGUGGGAAAGAUUCACCAUCAUCAGCCCUCACCAUCCAUUUGUUCUAUCGAUUCGGCCGUAUCCGAUUCUCCAGCCACAUCAACAUCGGAUACAUUGAUGAUGGUAGCUAAUAAUGAUCAAAUUCUCAAAAAUAAUGGUAUGUCUCAAUUGAAUGAUGAUCGAUCAUCUACGGCAUCCAGUUCAAUUCUUGAUAAUCGUGGAUCGAUAUCAUCUUCCGAACAUACCGGAACAAAUACUUCUCAACGUGAUGAUGCUAUGAGUGUUAUGAGUGAUGGUGCUGCCACAUCUAAUAGCACUUCGGAUUUUGAAAAUUUAUCUCCACUUCCUGGCGCUAGUAUAUCCCAUCAACAACAACAAGCCCUUGUUCCCAUAACUAUUUCAACUACCGUACCACCACCUCCAAUGGUUCCAAUGGCCACAGCGGCAGCCAUUGCACAAGUACAUCAUCAGCAAAUAUACACCCAACAUCAGCAACAACAACAACAACAGAAAAAGUUGAUUCAACCCCAAGUAUUGAGCCAACAGCAACAUGCAAUCUACAAUGGUCAACAUCAAAUGACAAUGAUCCCGGUAACAACGACCCAAAUUGUAGCUCAACCAAAUCAACAAAUACACCAAUUAACGCAACAACAGAUACAAGCAAUUACAAAUUCAAAGUUCAUAACCAAACAGAUUGUUGAUCAACAACAGCGAUCACAAAUGUCUGCUACCACCAAUGGUACUAUAUCGACAUUAAAUGGGGAACCAACUGCCGAAUGGGAAAAGGAUUUCGAAUUAUCAGAAUAUGCAAGCAAACAUUUAAAUCGUCAUAAACGUGAUGAUUAUUCGGGUGCAUUGUCCGGAUCUAGUGGACAAAUUGUAAGAACAUUGAAUCGAAACAAACGUAAAGGUCUUGAUGUAAAUAGUGCCGAACAUUUUCUCACACCAAUCGAGAUGAUUACAUGGACUUCAAGUUCAACCAUACCAACUGCUCAUGUACAUUUAGCCAUUCCGCAAAACAUAAACCUGGCCUGUUCAAUAUUUAAAGAAUUGAAUAAAUAUCUAGCAGGUGAGAAAAAACCUGAUGCAGAAGUUCGUUUUAUUCAAUCAAUGAUUGGUCAUGGUAUUGAACGUGAAGAAUUGCGUGAUGAAAUAUUUAUUCAACUAGUACGACAAUCACAUGAUAAUCCAUCAAAAGAGCAAACAAUCAGAUGUUGGUCAUUGCUUGCUUUGUCAACGGCUGCAUUCAUGCCUAAUAAACAAUUAUCUCGCUAUUUAUUGACUUACCUACGUCGGCAUCUGCGAGCAAGUAAUACAUCAAUAGCUUGUUAUGCACAAUUUUGUUUGGACAAUUUACAUGUUGGCCGACUGUCGGCGCGACGAUUCCCACCAUCGGUUGCCGAAGUAAAAGCAGUUACCGCUCUUCGUUCCUUGGUCUGCCGCUUUCAUCUGUUGGAUGGCCGAACUAAAGCUCUUGAUCUUCAUCCGGCCGAUACCGCUGCUGAUGCUGUCCUUUCAUUGGCGGCCAAACUUGGUCUCCGUAAUAUCGAUGGUUGGGCAUUAUUUGAAGUGGCGCCCGAAGGUGAACGUGUAUUACGUAGCCAUGAUUAUGUUGCCGAUGUAUUGACUUUAUGGGAAUUACGGGCCCGUUCUGAAAACAAAUCAACUUCAUCAUCAGUUGCUUCGUCAAAUCAUCAUCAAUCAACCAUACCAAAUUCACCGUCAGUUGAUACGAUAUCAACUAAUUGUCGAUUUGUAUUUAAAAAACGUCUAUUUCGUAACACAAAUGAAAUUCCACGUGAUACGGUUGAAGUAAGCUUAUUGUAUGCACAGGCUGUACAUAGUGUUGUACGAUUGGAUGAAUUUCCUGUUAGCGAACGUAUUGCUUUGCAAUUGGCCGGUCUUCAAGCUCAAGUGUUGAUGGGUGAUUUUGUUGAAGGUCGAAUUCGUAAUUACGAAGAUGUUGAAAAUUAUAUAAGUGCUCGAGUACGUCGUGCAGCUGGUCAUAGUUCAAUGGAAUGGGCCGUAAAAAUUGCUGAUGCUCAUCGUUUACAUGGUUGUGGAAAAAGUUCCUUAGUAGCUAAAGUCUGGUAUCUUUCAUUGGUUAUGCAAUAUCCGUUGUAUGGUGCGGCAUUAUUUCCCGUUCAAUAUAAAGGUGUAUUGGCUGUAUUUGGUAAUAUGCCAUUAUUAUUGGGUGUUCAUUCUGCCGCUAUAUUGGUCGUUGCAGCUGCGGAUAAACGCGUCCUUGCCACUUAUCGAUAUUCAGACAUUGAAGCAUUGACCAUUUACCCAACAGAAUCAUUACUUACGCUAAAACUGUUCAAAGAAACACCAGAUGCUUCAAAUAAAUGUUUAACAUUCGAAACAUUACAAAAAGAAGAGAUUGCAUCAUUAGUGGCUGCAUAUUCACCACAACAUGCAUCAGGAUUCGCUUUCAGUAUGACCAAUGCCACAGUUGAUGUAUUGAGCACUCCAGUCGCGAAUCAACGACCCCGUCGAUUGCUUAAAAUGACAUUAGAAGAUCGUCUACGAUUGCAUACCGAAGUGAUCAAUUGUCGAAGAGCGCUAGUCACGGCCAAUAUCAUGCGAAAACCAGCAGCCGAACAUCAGACUAAAUGGCGUACAACAUUAAGGCGACUAGGUCGUAGCGGCAAGACAAAUUCAAAAAACAAUCAAAUUAAUUUAGAUGAUGAUGACUAUAGUCAUGAUGAAAUAUUGCGAAAUUAUCCUCGACCAUUCUGGGCAUACAUCAAAGAACCACUUGUUUCGAGCUUAUUAGUCAUUUCUGAUCCAGAUCUUGAAGCAGCUGCUGUUACAAUGUUCGAACAAAUCUUAUCCUAUUCAGGCUUACGAAAUGAUACAAGUCAUUCGGAUAAUUCGUCUACCACCACAAAUGGAUCAUCCACAUCAGGAUCAUCGAAUGAAGAUGAAUGGUGUAUGCGUGCUACACAAUCCGAACAAAAUCAAAUCCGUCAAGCACAAGCAAUUUUGGAAAAAUGUCUUGGUGGCGAUGCUGAUAUACUACGUAAUGAAUUUUUUUUACAAUUGAUUCGUCAGACGACCGAUCAUCCAAUACCAAAUUCUCGUGUUAAUAUUAAACAUUGGCAAUUGUUGGCACUUGCCUGUUCGCUUACACAACCAUCAGAUCGUCGAGUAUUGGCAUAUCUACAUGCUCAUCUACGUCGCUGUGCCUUGGAUCAAAUCACACGUGAAGGUCAAUAUGCACAAUUUGCAUUGCGAAAUCUGCAAGGAACAUUAGAAACACGUGGACGUCGAUUGGCACCUUCACGCCCUGAAAUCACUGCUACCAUUCAAUGUCGCCGUGUAUAUGCUCGCGUACAUUUUCUUGAUGGUCAUUUUCAGGCAGUGGAAUUCGAUGCCUGUGCUGUCAUUGCUGAAGUUUUAGAACAAAUUCAACUGAAAAUCGAACUGCGAUCUCAUGCUCCUGGUUAUGCAUUGUAUCAAGUUCUAGGACAAAAUGGUGCUGAACAGGCAUUACAACCAGAAGAUAAGGUCGGUGACGCCAUCGCAUUCUGGGAAAGAUGGCAUGAUGAACAUUUAGGUCAAAAUGAUUCUGCCGGUAUCGUACGCAAUGUUGUCACUCAAGAACCAAUUCAUUAUUUCAUUUUCAAGAAACAUUUACAAAUCGAUUCCUAUGUUGAUCUUAAUGAUCCCGUUGAACGAGAAUUAUUAUACCAUCAAACAUUGCACAAUGUUCGCAAUGAUCGCUUCCCUUUGACUGAUCAAGAAGCUAUACUUUUGGUUGCUAUUCGAGCUCAAUUAGAAUUCGGUGAUAGCCAUUCGAACAACAUGAUGAUCAACAAUUCAUUGCAAACGAUGACUGAUACUAACAAUGGGAAUUUGGAUGAUAUGUCCUAUAGUCAAUUAAUAGGUAAAACAUUACCAGAACGAUUAGCCUGUCGAAUAUUGGUUAAAGAUGUUCGAACCCAGCAUCAAAUUCAAAGUGGAAUGGAUCAACAACAAGCCAAAGCAGCAUUCUUUAAUCUAAUUCAAUCAUGGCCAUUACACCGCGCUACAGUAUUUGAAGUGUUACAAACAUACACUAGUUCAUGGCCAAAGACAUUAUGGCUUGCCAUUGAUCAAAGUGGUAUGCAUUUACUACAACCUAGAACUAGGAAUGUUUUCUGCAGUUGUGAAUAUCGAAAUUUGGUCGAUUAUACAGCAACAUCUAAUUCAUUGAUGAUUGUAGCGAAUGUAGCUACUGCAAUAACCAAAUCGAUUAAAUAUAUGUUUAUUACUCACCAGGCAUUACAAAUUUCACAAUUAUUACGAGAUUAUACAUCGGCAGUAUUGAAUGCUAAUUCGAAUCGUAUUGCAGCCAAUGGCGGUGGUCCAUUAAAUCGGAAUAGAUCAUUGGCAAUGUCAUCCCAGGCAUCAUCAAUAUCGAAUGGUUCGAAUACGACUGGCAGUACUGGUCGUAGAAAAUCCGUCGAGUUUGAUCUUGCGUUACGGAACAUGUCGGCAGCGGAUAAGAACCAUCCUAAAAGUGUUGCAUUUAGUGCAGCAUUAAAUCCCAUUCCUCAGCCUCGUCGAUCACUGAUGGCACAACAACAACAAGCUAUCUACGAUACUCAACUUCAUAUUCAACAACAACAACAGCAACAACAAUUGUAUCAAAAUCAACAACAAAUCCAAUAUCAAAUGCUACAGCAACAACAACGAAGGUCUAGACAAAUUCAAAUUCGACAUGGAAACGAUAGUGAUCAUGUUUGAAUCAAAUCGUUCAAUGUUCUAGGCAAAAGUGCCAAAAAUAAGGAGUCCUUUUUUGUAUAAAUUCUUAACCUAGUUGA